GAAUUGACGAGAAACAAACACGGCAUCGUGAUAAAAUUAAAGACAAAUUGCUACUUGACUCAAUGCUGAAAUAUCAUGGAGUUUAGCUACAGGUUACGACAGCUUAAAAUGAAUAGAUUCCAUAGAGAAUUCUUUAUUGUUCGGCAAGAGCAAACCGCUUUGAAGAAAGAUAUGCAUGAAUGGACGGAAAGAGCCAGGUUGCAGUUACGCAUGCGCGCAGACUAUUUAUCGCCUGCAAAAGAAAGUGCCGUGAUUUAAAAAAGAACGUGUUUUGACUUAUGGAAUUGAUUGUGUUCGUUCCAGCGGUUAGUGCUACUACCACUGCCUCUAAUACGAAGUUUAAUAUUCAUAUUCGAUGGGAAUUUAUUAACUAUCACUGAUGUUUGUGCCAAUUUGGUAAACAUGAAGCAGUUUGGGACGUUAUUUGCACUCUACGUUUGUUUUACAGUUACUUGCUCAAACCAGUCUGAAGAUUGUAAUUGUGAGAAGGACCAGUUUACAUGUCCUGUGGAUGAAUCCGGUGAAUGUGAGUGCAUUCCGGUUCAGUGGCUGUGUGAUGGUGAUGAAGACUGUCCAGACGGCGCCGAUGAAAUAGGCUGCGAAUCUCCAACAUGUGAUGCGGACGAAAUUUCAUGUGCAAAUGGGAAGUGUAUCUCCGCUAGCUGGCGGUGUGACUUGGACAACGAUUGUGGGGACGCCAGUGAUGAAAUUGGAUGUGAUGAGAUAAAUUGUGAAGGUUCCAACAAGUUUAGAUGUGGUAAUAAAAAUUGUAUUCAUAGUCGCUGGGUGUGUGACGGAGACGAUGACUGCGGGGAUUCAUCAGAUGAAGUCUGCAUUUCUGUGACUUGCGCAAGUUCAGAAUUUUCAUGCAAAUCUGGGGGAUGCAUUUCUGACACAUGGCGUUGUGAUGGUGACCGAGAUUGUAGUGAUGGUUCGGAUGAAAUUCAAUGUCCACCGCAUAUUUUACCAUGUAUUGAAGGCCAGUUCCUGUGCCAUACUGGAGUCUGUGUUCUUGAAGAGUAUGUCUGCGAUGGAGAGGAAGACUGCGCUGAUGGCAGUGAUGAAAUUCAAUGCGGCACAAGUGUUCAGUCAUGUCGCACCGAUGAAUUCAUGUGUGAAGGCGGCGGCUGCAUCAACGAACAAUGGAGGUGUGAUGGAGAUUACGACUGCGAUGAUAAAUCGGAUGAACUUCAGUGUCCUUUAAGUACCUGCAGUGCAGAUCAGUUUCAAUGCAAAUCAGGUAGGUGUAUCACAAUGAACUGGAAAUGUGACGGAGAUGCCGACUGCUCCGAUAGUAGCGAUGAAGAGAAUUGUAAAAAUAGUACCUGCCUUCCAAACGAAUUCCAUUGUGGUAAUGAUAACUGUAUUACUCGACAUAAAGUUUGUGAUGGUUCAGACGAUUGUAGAGAUGGUAGUGAUGAGACACCCAUCAACAAUUGCAACAAUCUGGAUACUAAUUUCCACUCAUGUAGUGACAAUGAAGGGGUGUGUGGCCAGGUGUGCAAGGAGGUGGAUCAAGGUAUUCUUUGCACCUGUAAUAAUGGUUACUAUCUUACAAAGGAUGGCAGAAAUUGCACAGACAUCAAUGAAUGCCUGAAUGACGGUACUUGUAGCCAGAAAUGUACCAACACAGACGGAUCGUUUAUUUGUUCUUGCGUAGAUGGGUAUGAACUGAGACCCGAUGGUAAAACAUGUAAAGCAAAAGGUCCGGAGCCGUAUUUACUGUUCACUAAUCGGAUUGACAUACGCCGGAUUGAACCCGAGCGCUCGAAGUACGUAUCCAUUUUAAAAGGAUUGGAUAAUGCUAUUGCAUUAGGGUAUCACAUUGGGGAGAACCUGGUGUUCUGGUCAGAUGUUACAUUAGACAUAAUUAAGAGGGCUUCAUUGGAUGGCACACAUAUCAUGGAUGUGGUGAUAUCGGGUCUGGAGAGUCCAGGUGGUAUUGCUGUCGACUGGAUUGGGCGCAAACUUUACUGGUCCGAUUCGGGAACGUCCAGGAUUGAGGUUUCAAAUUUAGAUGGCUCUCAUCGAUCAAUACUUGUGUGGUCGGGGCUGGAAAAACCACGUGCUAUCGCCACGCAUCCAUUGGUUGGGCGAAUUUUCUGGACAGACUGGGGCAGUGAGCCUAAGAUUGAAAGUGCGGCCAUGGAUGGCAGCAACCGACUUGUAGUGGUCGACACAGGAUUGUUCUGGCCCAAUGGACUAGCGAUUGAUUACGCCUCGAACAAAUUAUUCUGGGUGGACGCUAAGCAUCAUGUGAUUGAGAGUGCUAACCUUGACGGCUCCCGUAGAAAAGCUAUAAUCAGCGAAGGGCUGCCUCAUCCGUUUGCUAUCACACUCUUUGAAGACAAUAUUUACUGGACAGACUGGCAUACCAAGAGUAUUAACACUGCCAACAAGUUCACCGGGAAUUCACUUGAAACCAUUCAGAGCCACCUAUAUUUUCCAAUGGACAUCCAUUCAUUUCACCCUCAGCGACAACCUGCAGGUGAGGAUAGGUGUGGUACAAAUAAUGGUGGCUGUAGUCAUCUGUGUCUGUUCAAUGACGAUGGGUUCAGCUGUGCCUGCCAAACUGGCUACAAGCUGAUCAAUAAAACACAUUGUUCUAACAGUAAGUGUACAAGUCUAAUCCUUUAUAACUAUCAAAACUUAGUGCCAAAUGGCCAGUGGUUAAGGUAG